AUGAGGAAGGAGAGCAUUCCAAAGAUGGGGGAACAGUCAGGGAAAAUGCCCACAGAAUCCCUGGGACUGUACUUUAUAGUACGAUGGUUUAAGAACUUUAACUUGGUCCCGAACCUCUCUGACAAGUAUGUACUCAUUACUGGCUGCGACUCCGGCUUCGGGAACCUCUUGGCUCGGAAACUGGAUGAGCGAGGGAUGCGGGUGUUAGCUACCUGCUUCACUGAGGAGGGAGCCCAGGAACUUCGAAGGGUGUCCUCCCAUCGGCUACACAUCACCUUUAUGGAUGUCACCAAGACAGAGAGCAUCGAGGCAGCAGCCCAGUGGGUACAUGCCCAUGUGGGAGAACAAGGGCUCUGGGGUCUGGUGAAUAAUGCUGGAGUAGGCCUGCCCAGUGGCCCCAAUGAGUGGCUGACCAAGGAGGACUUUGUCAAGGUGAUAAAUGUGAACCUGGUGGGACUGAUUGAGGUGACCCUGAACAUGCUGCCAAUGGUCAAGAAGGCCCGUGGCAGGGUUGUCAACAUGUCCAGCUGUGGGGGCCGAGUGGCAGUCAUCGGUGGUGGUUACUGCGUCUCCAAGUUUGGUGUGGAGGCCUUCUCUGACAGCAUCCGGAGGGAGCUCUACUAUUUUGGGGUGAAAGUCUGCAUCAUUGAGCCUGGAAACUACCGGACCUCCAUUUUGGGCAAAGAGGACAUAGAACGACGCAUGCAAAACCUGUGGGAGCGGCUGCCCCAGGAGAUGAAGGAUAGUUACGGAGAGGAGUACUACUCCAUUUAUGAACUUGUUGGGUAUUGCUAUAGACCCCGAAGUCCAGAAAUCAUGAUUUCUUUGCUGAAGAUGUCUCCCAGUGGGGAGGCGCAGACCUGCAACAACUCUUUAACUACCAUCUUAAAGAGUUAUCCAGGGGCACUGGAAUAA